UUACAUUUUUUUAUAAUUAUUUUAUUUAGUAUUUAAUUUUAAAUAUUUUUUUACAAUCAUUUCAUUUAAAAAUAAAUUUAAAAAAUGUAUUAAUGAUGCAGAAUUCAUAUUCAAAAAUGCCACGACAAAAGGGUCCCAAUGAUGAACCCCCAAGUGAUGAUAUUAGUUGGAAAUUUGGAACUCAAGUUGAAGGCACUAGGCAUCAUAUUAUUUGCAAAUUUUGUGGACAUCACAUUAAAUGUGGGAUUACCCGUUUCAAACAACAUUUAGCACAUCAAACAGGACAAGUGCGUUCUUGUCCUAAUGUUAGUAGAGACGUGAUGAAAGAAAUAAUGAAACAUUUACAAAAUAAGAAAAUGAGUAAAGUAGACAAACAAAAGAGAAAAGCUGAAUUGGAAGCACAUAUUAGUCUAUGAUGAAAAUGAAGAGGGAGAUUUUGUAGAUCUUCGAGAUGAUGACUCUGACUCUGAUCCAGAGAUGACUAGGGCUAGACAAGCAAGUAUUCGUUCAUAACAACAAUGGGAGGAAAGGCAACAAUUUAGACGAGGUGUUGCAGGUCAUGGAUCACAAUACGAUGCAGGUGGUAGUUCUGGUGCAGGGGAUAGUGCUCAAAGAAUGCCAAAAGGGUCAGGUAUUGUUAAUGUUUUUCGUCGAUCACAAUCUGUGCGUGAAACUGGUGGGAGUGGACGUAAUUGGAUUAAACCCAAUGCUCCUGAAGCAAGGUUGAGGGCAAUGGAUGUAGAACUCCAAAAGAGCAAGAGUACAAAGCAGCGAAAAAUCUCCACAAUGAAUUUACAGAAGCUAAAAGAGAGAUUGGGACGGGCAGUGUCUAAGUUUAUACUCUAUAAUCGCAUUCCAUUCAAUGCAGUUGAUUCAGAGUAUAUACAACCCAUGCUUGAUGUUGCUGCUGAAGUAGGGCCAGAAGUAAAGGGUCCUAGUGCUUAUGAAGUUUCUGAAGUAUAUUUGGGCAUGGAGCAUGAUGAAAUGACAGAAUGGAUAGGAUCAUUCAAGGGAAUUUGGGCAGAGAGAGGUGUAGCCAUCAUGUGUGAUGGUUGGAGCAGUCUAACUCGGCAACACAUCAUCAACUUCUUAGUGUACUGCAAUAGAGGUACUAUAUUUCACAAAUCAAUUGAUGUCUCUAAUAUUGUUAGUAGGACUGCUGAAUAUUAUUUUGGGUUGUUAGAUAAAGUUGUUGAUGAAAUUGGAGAACAAUACGUUGUUCAAGUGGUAACUGAUAAUGAACCUGCACUGAAAGCAGCCGGUAAAAUGUUAAUGAGAAAAAUGAAACAUUUAUAUUGGACAGCUUGUUCAGCACAUUGUAUCGAUCUCAUGCUAAAAGACAUAGCCAAUAAGAAAAGUGUAGCAAAGGUGAUUGAAGAUGGUAAAACCAUCACCAAUUUCAUUUAUAAUAGUGGAUGGGUGUUGGAUUUAAUGAGAAAAUUCACUGGAGGUAGAGAAUUGAUUCGACCUGCCAUCACUCGAUUUGCUACAAAUUUUAUUGCCAUUGAGAGUAUUGUUAGAUAUAAACAACAAUUGAGAGCUAUGUUUAAUAGUGAUGAGUGGAAGAAUUCUAGAUGGGGGAAGGCAAAGACUGGGCAGCCUUACAAUGUGAAAACAAUUAUUUUGGGAAAGGAGUUUUGGCAGAAAGCAACAGAGCUUUGUAAAGUUCAUGAGCCCCUAGUCAGAGUAUUGAGGUUGGUUGAUGGAGAUGAGAAGCCAACAAUGGGUUUCAUAUAUGAAGCUAUAGAUAGAGCAAAGUUGGCAAUUAAAAGAGAUUGUCGCUACUACACCGAGUAUUCGAAAAUUAUUGAUACUCGAUGGUCUUUUCAAUUGCAUCAAGAUUUGCAUGCGGCUGGAUAUUUUUUAAAUCCUCAAUUCCAAUAUGGUGUUACCUCAUCCAAUGAAAUGAUAAGAGAAGUGAUGGAUGGACUUAAAAAAGUAAUUACCAGACUGGAGCCUAAUAUGGAUGCUCAAGUGAAAGCAACAAAUCAAUUGUUGCUGUUUCGAGAUAAACAGGAAACUUUGGGUACUCCUUUAGCACAAAGAGCAUGGAAACAAUCAAAUCCAGCUGAGUGGUGGAUUAUUCAUGGCAGUUGUGUUCCUGAACUUCAAAAAAUAGCUGUGAAAGUAUUAAGUCAAACCACCACAUCAUCUCAAUGUGAACGUAAUUGGAGUACUUUUAGUCUCAUCCAUACGAAGACGAGGAAUAGAUUGAAAUAUAAUAAAAUCCAAAGAUUAGUCUUCAUCACCUACAACAUGAGAUUAAAAUUGAGACACGUUAAAAGAAGCAGCCAAGAGGAGAUUGAUAGGAGUUUUAAUCCUGUUAACUUGGAUUAUAUAUUUGAAGAAGAUGAUCCAAUAAGUCCAUGGAUAGAAGAAAGGGAAAAUCCUUUGCUAGAUGGUGUGGAUAAUUCUGAAUGGCUAGAUUUGGUCUCAGAUGAUGAUGGUGGUGGUGGCAACGACAGUAAUGGCGAUGACGGCGAUGGCAGCGAUGGAAACGAUGGUGGUGGCACCUAUAGAUAUCAAGCUCGACGCACUUCUCAAAGCUCAACUCCUACUCCAAUUCCAACUCAAAGUGAUAAUAGUGGUGGUUUAACACCAUCUGAUGGAGGAGGUGAUGAUGGUGAUGGUGAAGGCACUUCUCACGGUGACGGUGGUGGUGGUGGCGGCGACAAUGGUGGUAAUGGCGGUGAUGGUACUAGUUUUGGUGCAGGAAGUGAAGAUUUUAUUGGAGGAUUUGGAUUAUGUGAUGUUGGGGAACAUUAUGAUAUUGGAGAACCUGUUGCACCUUUACCCCAACUACCUAGGAGGUUUCGUGGUAGUGAUACACGUAGGGAUGAAAGAAGAAUAAGAAGUAGAGAACAACAGCUUGAUUCAUCUGAUAGUAGUCAUAGUUAUCCAUAUCAUCCUUACCCAUCCUAUAACAGUGAUAGCCAGAGCUAUUCUUACCCACCUCAACAAAAUUAUCCUUGGCCCCCUCAACAACAUGGUCCUCCAGGAUACGGUUUGCCAAAUUAUCAACAAGCCCAACAAGAGUAUGUUGAUCCUUUUCAGCCAAGGUAUCCAUUUUCUCUCCCAAUGCACAAAACAGAAAGGGAUGACAUGAUGAGCACAUUUACUUAUAUAUUUCCUACUGGAUGGGGUGAAGGUAGUAGUAAUCAAGCUCAACAAUCUAAUUUUCAAGAUGCACCACGUCACUCAUUUUGGUGGGGUGAAGGUAGCAGCAACAAUCAAGCUCAACAAUCUGAAUCCCAAUAUGCACCACGUCACUCAUUUUGGUGGUGACAUUAUGUAAUUUUAGUAGUAACAUUAUGUAAAAUGUACUCUCUAUUAUUUGUGAUUUAUGCUAUGAUGUUAUGUACUUUGUCAA